AUAAUUAACACUACUUUUUAGUUUUCACGGAUUGGAAAAGAAAAACCUCAAAGGGGGAGAGUUCUCAUCCUCUGCCCUCCCCUUUGACUUAAUAAUCCCAGGUUAAAAAUAAGACGUAGAGUAUGUUAAUUUUUGUUUGAAAACUUCAAUUUUCUUAUUAAAUUAUUGUUGCUAAAACAAUUAAUUAUUGCCUGACAAAUUCGUCCAAUUUGCAACCGAAGAAGAAGAAGAAGGAGGUUCAAUUUUUGAGGGGCUUGUCAUAUGAGCUCAUUGGGGUGGAUCUAGAUCUCAAGUGCUGAAUUCAAUUGGUGGAUUACUGACGGACGGACGGACCCUGAAGAAAAGAAGUUAAAUUAGAAUUUUGGGUUUCAAGAAUGGGGGUGAUGUCAAGGAAAGUAGUGCCAGCAUGUGGUAAUCUCUGCUUCCUUUGCCCAUCAUUGCGCGCAAGGUCCAGACAGCCUGUUAAACGCUACAAGAAGCUCCUUGCUGAGAUUUUCCCCAAAUCACAGGAUGCUGAGCCAAAUGAUAGAAAGAUUGCCAAACUUAGCGAGUAUGCCUCCAAAAACCCUUUCCGUAUCCCUAAGAUUACGGAAUACCUAGAGCAAAGGUGUUACAAAGAUUUGCGAAAUGAGCACCUUGGCUCAGUAAAGGUUGUUACCGUCAUCUACAGGAAGCUGCUAUCUUCAUGUAAGGAGCACAUGCCACUAUAUGCUACUAGUCUAUUGGGGAUUAUCCGCACUCUUUUUGAACAGACGCAGCAUGAUGAGAUGCAGAUUUUAGGUUGCAACACUCUCGUCGACUUCAUCAAUUGGCAGAUGGAUGGUACGUAUAUGUUCAACUUAGAAGGCCUUAUACCUAAAAUGUGUCAGCUAGCUCGAGAAAUUGGAGAUGAUGACAGAGCCCUGCGCUUGCGGUCUGCAGGAAUGCAAACUCUGGCUGUCUUGGUAAAAACACACACUCUCUCUCUCUCUCUGCUAUAUUUUUAUUUCGUUAUACUUGCACAAAUCUCAAGUACCUGAACUUGGAACCACUUC